UGUCUGUCAAAAUUGGGGAAAUAGACUUGGAACAAAAGGAUCACAGUGCAGUCUCACACACACACAGUGUGUGUGUGUGUGACCUGUGUUUCCCGUUCGUAUAUAGGGAUGGCAUUCCAAUAUUGUGGUUGGGUUCCACUUGUGGAGUGAUCAUGACUUUCCUUGUAGCAUCAGGCUGGGCCCACGUUGAUUCAAAAAAAGCUGCCGUCAAGUUCAGGAAGUUUGAGGUGAAGCAACUUGUUUGAUUCAGGUACAAAAGCUAAUCAAGUUCUCAGAGGCCUAGUGAACAUCAAGUUUGCAGCACAUGGCCCAGAGUUACUCUUUUGGAGUUGUCUUGGUUGUUCACGCUCAGUGGGUUUACAAUCAAACCAUGUGGUUUCUUUCUCCAAAUCUGUGUUGACUCUUCGCAAAGGCCUAGCAGGUCGUUCUGAUUCCCUGGGUGUUAUUCCUGUUUUUAUUGAUUAAAUGGAGGAAGGGGGGCUUCCUGGACUGUACACACACACACACACACACUCUGUAUGGGAUAAUAGCAGCAGCAGGUUGACACCAAGGACCAGGUCCACCAGCUGGGGCUCCUGGCAAUGUUCACAUCAAAUAGCCAUAGAGAUAAAACAAACGAGCGCGGCCAUAAACCUGUAAAAGAGAUAAAUUUUAUUUAAAACAAAAAGGAAAGGGGGAGAAAAAAAAAUCCUUCCGGUGUAAUGGAAGGGGUCCCUCGACAAAAAUAAAAAAGUUGUGCAACGCAAUACACACAGGUUUCAUUCAUUCUAUGGGACACAACUUCCGGUGUCGUGUUGUUGUUGUUGUUGUUGUUGUUGUUUGGAUCGAUCCGGUUCCUCCUCCACCCCCGCCUGGACAACACAUUUUCUCUGCUCCCUUUUUUUCUUUUCGUCAUCAAAUCAAAAUAAUAGGAAAAUGUCUCUUUUUUCUUUCUGUCAUUGGAUCUUCUUUCUAUUUUUCUUUUCUCGCCUCGCAUUGGUGAGCAGCAACACGCCGGGGGAUCGUGGGAAUGUUACGCAUAAGUGACUCGUUCAGCCGGCCGUAUCAAUGAACGCUAGUCAUCACUCUCUCUCUCUCUCUCUCCUGCCGCCCGACUGCUUAUUUGAUGAUGAUGAUGAAGAUUGUUUAACAUCUCUUUUUCUCUUUCUCUCUCUUUCGCCGGGAUCGGAAUCGUUUGAAAACGAUACACAAACACAAAGACAUUUUGCCUCAGCUCCUUUGAAAUUGUUUUUUUUUUUCUGGGCCGUUUCUGUUAUUUUUUCUGGGGAAAUUCAGUCCGUCCGAGGGGGUAGGCUCUGUGUGUCUUUUGUCUGUCGAGCUGGGAGACGGACCCAAGUCACACAAAUACACAACACAGAAAAUAGAAGAAGAAAAAACCUUUUUUUUUAUUUUAUUAUUUUGUUGGCCUCAGGCGGAGCGUGACCGUUUCAAUAGACUAUUCAAAAAUCCUUGUCUUUCCUUCCCCCAAAACGAAAAUAAGAAAAAAGGCAAGCCACUACUAUACUACUACUACUGCCACCACCACUGCUACGGUAUACCGCCUCCUCCUCCUCCGCCUGCCGAAUGCGUGUGUGCGUGACUAACGAACGAGUCGACAUGCUCACUCAUACGACGCUCUGCAAAUCACAAGCCACUCCGCUCUGAUUGUCAUUUUCUGUCGGGUUUUUUUUUUCUUCUUUUCUUUUUGUUCCAGGCGAGGGGGAGAGAAGAACAACGGAAGUUGUGACGACGACGACCGUGUGUGUGUGUGUGUCCUUAUAACGCCUUUCGGUCUUAAUUGCUCCCGAACGAAAGAAACAAAGCAAAAAAGCGUGUGACGACGACAUUUUUUCACGAGGUCAAAUUCAAAGCGAACGCUAUGGGAAGAAGAAGCUAAAAAAGAAGCUCAAGAAAGAAAAGAAAAUGUAUUCCACAUCAAAAGAUUUCCAGUGAGAAGAAGAAGGGGGCUCGAGCCGUGUGCUGCUGCCUUAACGGGCCCUGGAUGGAAGGAGUGGGCGGAGUCUCAUCGUCGUCCGUGUAGUAUAGAAAGAAAACCAACGGCGGAUGAGGUUUUUAUUUUCGCAGUCCUGGAACAUUUUCAGACGUCACACCCCACCCUCCGUUUGUGUGUCUUGGAGAGCCACUCGGUGAGAAAAGGGGCGGUACCAAAGAGAGAGAGAAGGGGGGGAAAGGCGGAGGUUUGACAUAGGAAGCCGGAAGGAGAAUCCGGAUGUUGGGGAUAAGAUGAGCGAAUGUCAUGUCGACAGUAACAGCGUCCUCCUCUUCUUCUUCCGCCUCUUCGACAUCCAUGGCGCCUUCACGCUCGGCCACUGCCAACUUGACGGCCAAUAACAAAAUGGAAUUGGUCUCCACCGGAGAAUCCGGCCCACCCGUUAGAAUGUUUCAUCCGACGACGACGGCUCCCCCGUCGACCCACCAUCCCCAACAACAACAGCAGCAACAACAGCAACAACAACAGCAACAACAACCUCAGUCUCAGUCGCCUUACCGAUUCGGAGCUCCCGACAGCCGAGCCUCGUACAGAGAACAGCGCGUGAUGGGCAGCGGCCGCUCCAUGACGGCUCACAAUCAUCCGUCCGGAUCCAGCGGCGGCGUCAGCGGCGGCGGUGGUUCAUCGUCGUCGUCAUCAUCAUCGACCGGGCCGUGGCACCCGACCAACAAUCAUCACCAGUCGGGUUCUUCUGACGCCGGCCAAAAGCCCGGCCGCUCCUUCAGUUCCGGUAUGGCGUCUCUGAGUCGCUCCAACGGCAGUCUGGCCGGCACCGCCAACAAUUCAACUCAUCCCGCCGCCUCCUCCUCCAACAGCGAAACGGACGCCAACGGCAACAGCAAACCGCGUUCCAGAACUCAGACUCCUGGGAACGUUGGAGGAGGGUCCUUGUCCGGAUCGAGCGCAGCGGGAGGUGGUCCCCACGUCCUGCCGAGUCCCGUCAGUUCAAACGGUUCCGGCAAGCAGCAGCAGCAACAGCAGCGUCAGCGUGGCGAUUUCGGCGGCAGUCACGGCUCACUGGACGCCCUGGCCAGCGGAGCCGAGCGCGAAAGCUUUUUCGCCCUACUGCGCGACCUCGGCGCCCAGAGCAGCGGAAGCGGAAGCAGCAGCAAUGGCAACGGCAGUCUGGUGCCCAGUCGCUCGUCGCCCGAAAGAGAUUUGGACGAUCCCGUUCACGCCAAACCGGUCGGAUGCGCGCCCAGCCGGCUGGCCGAGCUGCUCAAGCCCAACUUUCAUUCGACCAGGGCCGCCGUGACUAACACGCAAUCGGAGCCAGCCGGAACGUCUCUACCGUUGCCCACUGGCUCUUACUCUUUGGCUGUCCAGCAACAACAGGCCGUCAUGCUCCGGCGCAGCACGCCGGAGCCUCCAGUCGGAACAGGUGUCCAGCCACCGGUGAGCCGAAGCGCCACUCUGCCGGCGGAUGCAUCCAGUCCGAAACCCCGUUCCAAAUUCCAGCGAUUUUGGGACCGUGAUCGUUCCAACAAGGAGCACAAACCCUCCAGCAUUCCGGCGACGACGACAGCCAUCGCCGCCUCGGUCGUGGCCGUCCAAACCGGCGCGUCUUCCUCCUCUUCGGCCAGCAACUCGACGUCGAGAUCCGCAUCGGAGCCGUCCAUCUUUAAGCGGCUCCGCGGCGGCGGUGGCAACGCGUCCAGCGGCAGCGGCUCUUCUUCGUCGUCCAAUUCCAAGGGACUCAACGGGAUCUCAGGAUCGCCGGAACCGGAUCUGUCGACGCUGGAGCGCGACGCCAGCGACAUGGAGGCCAGAUUGGACGAGCGGCUCAAGCGCAAAGCCUUUGCCCAUCACGACUGUCAGAGCAUGAGCGUCAACUUGGGUUACGCCGCCCGGCUGCGCGGAUUACUGGCCCAGCGCCGCAACACCACGACAGGAGCGUCGGCCGCCUCGAUGGCGUCGGCCUCUUCUUCUUCCGCUUCGUCCAACUCCUCGUCGGCCAUGGCCAAUUCGUCGUCGCUGGCCGCCGCCGCCGCUUCGACCGGCUCGUCCGGCAGCCUGUCGAGCAGCGGCAAAGGCAAAUUGAAGACGCAAAUGAGUUUCCCUCCUCCGGCGGAAGUGGCGGUGGAUGCCGUCCCGCCGACGGCGCCCGUCGACGAGGUGGACACGGGCGACGGCAAGAGCAACCAGCUGCUGCACAGUUGCCCGUUCUUCCGCAACGAGUUGGGCGGCGAGCCCGAGUGGUGCGUCGGCGUCUCGAGGUGUUCCAGCCCGCAGCUCCAGCAGCCGCAGCAGCAACACCCGUCGCCGACUCUCCUCCAUCGUCCCAUCAGCACAUACGGUGUUAGCGUCCUGGAAUUCCCGCCCGGCAAAUCGCACUGGCGGCACGGCAUCUGCCCCUAUCAGAAACAGCCGUCCGUCCUGGAACGCGGCGACCAGGGCGCCUUCUACUACGGCAACCAUUUCUACGCCCAAGAACAUCAAAAUUGGUUUGGAAUGGACGAGAACCUUGGGCCGAUAGCCAUUAGCAUCCGCCGUGAGAAGAUGUCGCCCAGCGAGAGCGAGUCCAGCAGCGGCCACCACCACAAUCACCACAACCACCACCACAACACCCAUCACAGUCACCUCAAGGAUCAGUACAUUUACAGGAUCAUCAUCCGGACCAGCGAGCUGGCCACUCUGCGUGGGACGGUCCUGGAGGAGGCCAUCCCUUCGCUGAAGCCGCCCGGACCCAAAGGUCUCUCCCUGCGCGAAGUCCUGGACAUGGUCUCGCCGGAAAUCCACCUGCCUUGCCUGCGGCUGGCCAUCCCGGGCCCCACGACCGAGCAGCAGCUUCUCAAACUGGACCAGCAAGGAUUGUCCAACCACUACAAGGUGGGCAUCCUCUACUGCAAGGCCGGCCAGUCGACCGAGGAGGAAAUGUACAACAACGAGGAGGGCGGCCAGGCGUUCGACGACUUCCUCAACCUGAUCGGCCAGCGUGUCCGCCUGCGGGGCUUUGAAAAAUACAAGGCCGGCCUGGACAACAAGAUGGACUCUACGGGCCUGUACUCGCUGUAUUCGCAGUACCAGGAUCGCGAGCUCAUGUUCCACGUCUCGUCGCUGCUGCCGUUCACGCCCAACAACCGGCAGCAGCUGUUGCGCAAGAGGCACAUCGGCAACGACAUUGUGACGAUCGUCUUCCAGGAGCCGGGCGCCCUGCCUUUCACGCCCAAGAACAUCCGCUCGCAGUUCCAGCACGUUUUCAUCAUCGUCCGCGUCUUGCACCCGUGCACCGAGCACACGCAGUAUCAGGUGGCCGUCAGCCGCUCCAAGGAGGUGCCCAUCUUCGGGCCGCCCAUCCCCGGCGGGGCCACUUUCCCCAAAUCGCAGGCCUUUGUCGAUUUCUUGCUGGCCAAAAUCAUCAACGCCGAACACGCGGCCCAUCGCUCGCAAAAGUUCGCCACCAUGGCCACGCGGACGCGCCAGGAAUACCUCAAGGAUUUGGCGACGAAUUACGUGACGGGCAACACGUUGGAUAGCGGAUCAAAGUUCCCAAUCUUGACGUUCAGCAGCCGCAAAAAGGAGCGCCUCAAACCGAAAUUCUUCCCGGACGCCGUCCAGGCGGGUGCCAUUUGCUGGCAAGUGUCGGUGGAUGACUUUAGCGGCGGCGGCGGAUCGGUCCGGCAGACUGACAGCUUGCUGGGCAUCUCGGGCGACAGCCUCGUCCUCGUCGAAGAGAGCACCAAGGAAUGCAUCUGGGCCGUCUCUUGUAAAGCCAUUCUGGGAUGGACGUCGUCAACGUCCAGCAUUAAACUCUAUUACCAUCAAGGCGAGUGCAUCACCGUCCAGGGACGAGAUUGCGAAGCGGAUGAGAUCCCCGAAAUUGUGGCCCGUCUGCACGCGGUCACGUCUGGCUGUGGCACGCGGGAGCUCUCGCUCCGCAGGAAUGCCGUCGGGCAGCUAGGAUUUCACGUCCAACCCGAUGGAUUGGUGACGGAAGUCGAGCCUCACGGGCCAGCCUGGCAGGCGAGUUUGCGCCAAGGCUUCCGGCUGGUGGAAAUCUGCAAGGUGACGGUAGCGACGCUCAACCACGAGCAGAUGGUGGACCUGCUGAAAACGUCGGCCAUCGUCACGGUGACGGUCCUGCCGCCCGUCGAUCCCAACACUCCCCGACAGGGUUGCACGCUCCAGAGCUGCUCCUACAUCGUCGGAAGCAUCGACGGCGAGUACGACAACGUCGACGUGGCCGGCGAGGGGAUGGAGAACGGUAACACGACGAUUCGCAGUUCGGGAGCUGUCCAGCAGCAGUCGGUUUCGAUCCACAGCCGGCGGUUGCGCUACGAGCGCAGCGUCUCCCCGCCGCGAUCCAGCAGCAGUUCGGGUUACGGCACGGGCAGUAGCUCUCGGUCAUUCACAGUCCAGGGAGCCGCCGCCCUGGCCGCUUCGGCUGCCGCUGCCGCCGGCGGCCCGACCAUCUCGGCCAUCGUCUCGACUCACCCGGAAGGCACUUUGAAAUCCACUUCCAGCGGUCACUCUAGCGACGAUCCGUGGUACGAUUUCAUGCCCGAAGUGCUGGAAGCCGAACUGCUCAGCAACGGACCCGGUGGCUCCACCACUUCGCCUCCGCCCCUGCCGUCCAGACAGGGCCCUCCGCCGAGUCGGCUCCGUUCCGGACACAGCUGCGAAAACUUCACGCCUCCCGCCAUUUCCGUCCACCAACCCUCGCCGGCCAUGGAGAACCUCCAGUCGAGCAGGAGUCAAGAUCCGAUUUUCCCGCACGACGGGUCGUCGCCCGUCAAGAACCGGCCGACGGGACCGCCCAGCAGCGUCUAUUCCACUCCGCCAACCAAAGUCAAGCCCAUACUGGAGAGUCCCAGUCUGGUGGGCCGGAUGAGCAACUACGAAGACCUGCGGAGGCUCCAGCAGACGACCAGCAGCUCUUCGGCCGCCCCGCAAGAAACCGCCGGCGGUAACAGUAAUAAAGUCCGUCCGCUGAAUCCGCCCGAUUACCACCACGCCAUGCAGAGUCGUUUGGUGGCCCUCAAGACGCCCGACCAGCAGCACGGACCCAGUCGCAAAUCGCCUUCGACGUCCACUUACGCUUCGCGGAGCGAGGACGAGCUGUCGGCCGGAAGCGCCAACAGUUUGUCGCCUCGCAGCCGCCGGAAGCACAGCAAGAGCAACGGAGCCGGAAAUUUGACUCCGUCGAGCGGCAGCAGCCGGAAUCAGAGCCCGCGGAUGUUCGUCGAGGCCAAACUCAAGUCCAACGCCAACGGAAGCGUCUGCAGCGGCGGAAGUGGCGGAGGCAGCGGACAGAAGCGGUGCAGCACAAAUCUCAAGGAAGAGCUGCUGAGGUUGAUCAGCCCGGAUGCGGUUGACGAAGUCUCAGCUGACAUUGACUCAUCCGUCAUUGUCACUCACGCUCGGCCGGCCAACGCCGUCCUCUCUUCCGCCAAUUCAUCCGUCCAGUCGGCCGACAUGGCCGACCUUCCCGACUCGGAGGAGAUGGACUGGUCCCGGUUGGUCCACGCCGCCGCCAGGGCCAUCCAGGGCACCGCGUCCUCCAUGGUCUCGGCUCCGGAAGACGUCGAAGAUGAUCUGAUGGACGACGAGAUCGAAGAGCCGACGCGAGACGGAAGUGACAACCAAGAUUCGCUCACCUCUUGGAUCGACGACGUGACGGAAAAAUUACGCCUGGAAGCCGAGUCCGCCGAUAGUCCUCCUGGAGGAAUCGGUUCGACUCUGGUGAUGGAUAAUGUAGUGCAAUUGCGGAUGAAUCAACUGGAACAGCACGUUGGAUCGCUAGAGAACCGGCUCCGCGGUGAGGAGGAUCGUAGGCAAGCCCUCGAGGCGGAGAUCCGCCGGUUGCGGGAAGCCAAUUCUCGUCUUGCCGGCGAGUCGCAGACAGCCGCCCAGCAACUGAAGCGCUUUACUGAUUGGUUCUUCCAAACUAUCGAACGACCUUGAUUGAGUGAUUGUGACUUACAGAUAACCCAAUUCAAAAUUUUCGCGGCCUUAUCCACUUACUGUACGUCAAAACAAGAAAUCACCACACACACACACACACACACUCCUCUUUCGUGUGGUGUGUGUGUGUCAAUUGCAGUUCCCCUUUUAUGUGGUCUUGAAAAAUUUUGUCUAGCGCAUUUUCUAUCGGAAACAACUUUGUUUUUCAGAUCAAAUUCCUUUGGCCUUUUCCCACCAACAUCAAACUUGUCUCUUCUUUAUUCUUUCCCCAUUUUUUAAAAAAUAUUAUGGCCAUACUCUUUUCUUUCUUUUAAUUUUUUUUUAAAGAACCAAAGUGUGUUUAUUAUUAAUAACUAUCAUCCGUGAAUGUUUCGUGUCUCUCUUUGUUUCAUAUAACUCCAUCCAUUUACCUGGGCCUUUGUGUACAAAAUGUAUUUCUUCAUUUAUAUUAAAUACUCUUCUUUUUGUUUUGUCUUGUCUUGCUCCUUCUUUUACAAUUCCAGUAAAAGUUGGUUUCCUUUUGGCUUGCGAGGCAAACUCCAAUGCUGUCCUGUCUUGUGUUUUACUUCUUAAUAUUGCGUCUCUCGUUAUUUCCCCAUCAGACUCGUCUUUGUUUUUUCUUUUGUAUUUUUUCCCCUCCCUCGUCAGGGUUCUCUCACGUUCUACAAAUUUUCUACUCUGCCUCCUCCCACGCCUUUUUACAGAGAUUUGGUAUUCUUUAUAACUGCCCGACUCGUUCGAACAAUCACUACUACACUCUGCCUUUUUUAUACAUACAAAAAAAAACUAAGUGAAAUUUGUUGUUCGUUACCUCAUACGGGGUAAUGCAAAAAGGAUCAAUAAUUCUAGCCGUUUUUAUUACAAAAUGUGUUUUUUUUUCUUCUGUUGUCUCCCAUCGUCCGCGAUACACCGAAUCCGUCUCCUUCAGAAAUAGUAUUUGAAAGAGUUGUAUUUACACAUGAUAAUACAAUGGAUUCGUUUCUUUUGCUUA